CCCCCUACGAUUCCAAAAAUAAGUGCACAUCUGCGGAUAACAGGUCUUAAAAAUAAAAAUAAUAAAAAAAUAAAACAUGGGUAAGAAAAAUGAGAAAUCGCGAGGAAAAUUAUCUCAAAACAAGAGGAAUGAAUUAAAGAUCUUGUCUGAUGCAAUUCUAUUAAAAUCUCGAGAAAUGUCCAAUGAUCCAAAUCAUGAAUUCGAGAUUUAUAAUGAAAUUUACAAUUUAUUGGAGCGAAUCAUAAAAGUUGAAAGUGAAGUUAAAUUGCCAUUUAAAUCAUCUCGUUCAGAAAAGACGAUAGAAAAUUUUAUCGACUGGUGUGCGAAUGAAGGUGCUAAAUUUGACAAGAUUGAACUCAAAAAUAUCCCAGAUUAUGGACUUGGAUUGGUUUCAAAAAAGAGCCUUAAGGAAGGAGAAAUUUUCAUCGUAAUUCCUGACAACAUGAUUUUCUCUUACAGCAAAAUUGAAAAUAGUAUACCAGACGUAUUGAAACAAAAAAUAUUUUCUGAUUGUCCACUUUCUGAAAAUAUGUCUAAUGUUAAGUUAGCUCUCGCUUUAAUGAUUGAACGCAUGAAUAGUCAAAGUAAAUUCAAACCAUAUUUUGAUGUUUUACCCAAUAAGUUUAGCACUGUUCUAUACUAUACACCUACUGAAAUGAAGGAACUACAAGGAACUUUAGCAUUUACAUCAGCACUUAAACAAGUCAAAUAUAUUAUCGCUCAAUAUGCUUUCCUUUAUAAAUACAUAAUGGUAGCAACAAAUGAAAAUGAUUCAGUCAUGGAAGAAUUAAGAGAUAAUUUUACAUAUGAGUUUUAUCGCUGGGCCGUAAGCUGUGUAAUGACACGACAGAAUAUAAUACCGAAAAAUGAUGACAUAAAUGAAUCAGUUUUGAUACCAGCAUGGGACAUGGCUAAUCAUACAAAUGGUGACAUCAACACCCAAUUUAAUAAUGAAACUCAUCAAAUUGAAAGUUUUAGCAUGAAAAAUUUUCAGGUUGGCGAACAAGUAACUAUAGCAUAUGGAAACAGAUCAAAUUUAGACUUCUUGAUCCACAACGGUUUUGUUUUCAAAGAAAAUACAAACACUGAUCUUUUUGUUAAAUUAAAUUUGAACAAAUCAGAUCCUCUUUUUGAAGAUCGUCUGCUUUUACUCAAAAGAAUAGGAUUAAAUGACCAUCAAAACUACAAAAUAUCUCCUGAACUUUCUGAUGAGCUAUUAGGGUUUAUAAGAGUAUUUAAUAUGAGUGAAGAACAAUUAACUGAUUGGUUAAAAGCCGAAGAGAUUGAUGUAAAGGAUUUGCUUAAACAAAAUCUCGAUUUUGGAAAAUCUUUCGAGAUAAAGAUAUUCCAGUCUUUAUUGAUUCGAGUAAAAAUAUUAUUAAAACUGUAUCCUACGCAAUUAAAUGAUGACAUAGCUUUAUUGAACUCUGGAAAUUUAUCAAAAAUUAAGUUAAUGUUGGUUCAAUAUCGAGUUAUCGAGAAAACUAUUUUGGUAAAUGUUGAGUCUUCUUUACAGAACAAACUUAAACAAUUAAAUGGUCAUUGAUUUGCUGUGAAUUUUAUUGUCCAAACAUUUAACAUUUACUAUUCUUUUUUCUUUUGUAAAAUGAUCUUAAUAAAAGUGCUAAUUAUUAAUCCAAUUGUUUUAAA